GCCAAGAAGUCAAUAUGUUUACCGCAUUGCAAAAAAUUCACGAAGACAGGGAUGCUGAUUCCACUGAAUUUGAGGAGUCGGUUGCACAGGCUUUGUUUGAUUUGGAAAACACCAACCAAGACAUUAACAGUGAAUUGAAAGACCUCUAUAUCAACUCUGCAGUGCAAAUUGAUGUUGCUGUUGUAAUCCAUGCUCCCUACAGACUGAGGAAAGCUUUCCGCAAGGUGCACCCAAAGCUUGUUAGAGAGCUUGAGAAGAAAUUCAGUGGAAAGGAUGUCAUUUUUGUUGCUACCAGGAGGGCUCUGCUGUCCAAAGGCCUCGAUCCCCGCAAACUCACUUCAGUCCACGAAGCUGUGCUUGAAGAUGGUGUGUACCCUGCUGAGAUUGUUAGAAAACGUAUCAGAUACAGACUUGAUGGAUCAAAGAUCAUGAAGGUGUUCUUGGAUCCUAAGUCGAGGAAUGAUACUGAAAAUAAGCUAGAAACUUUUGCUAGGGUGUACAUGAAGCUUUCUGGAAAAGAUGUUGGCUUUGAAUUCCCCACAGUGGAGCGUAAGAAGACAAAGCAGCCGAAGAAUUAUCCGGCCGAGGGGGAGAGGUUAGCCGCAACCGGAUAAUUAUUCGAGAUGAUUGGAGCAGCGCCUAUGCCAGAGAAGAGAAGAUAGCUUCAGGCAAAAAUGGUCCGAA